GCCGCCGCCUCUCCCGGGCUCGGCCCGGCGGGCGCUCAGAGCGUGAGGGCGCAGGCUGCUCCCUCAGUAGCGGGGGCGAGCGGGGGCCAGGGUGCGGGCGGCUAAAAUGAGUGAAAGGAGAAGAUCUGCAGUCGCCCUGAGCUCGCGAGCACAUGCCUUCUCCGUUGAAGCCUUGAUCGGCUCAAAUAAAAAACGGAAACUGCGAGACUGGGAGGAGAAGGGGCUGGACCUGUCCAUGGAGGCGCUGAGCCCCGCGGGCCCACUCGGAGACGCGGAGGACGCGGCCGCACACGGCCUGGAGCCUCACCCGGAUUCGGAGCAGAGCACUGGUUCAGACUCGGAGGUGCUCACUGAGCGGACUUCCUGCUCCUUCGACACUCACACCGACCUGGGCCCUGGUGCUGCGGGCCCUGUGCCUGCUGCCAUGUCUUCCAUGGAGGAGAUUCAGGUGGAGCUGCAGUGCGCUGACCUCUGGAAGAGGUUCCAUGACAUUGGAACUGAGAUGAUCAUCACCAAAGCAGGCAGGAGGAUGUUUCCUGCCAUGCGAGUGAAAAUCACUGGUCUGGAUCCACACCAGCAGUACUACAUAGCAAUGGACAUUGUGCCUGUGGACAAUAAAAGAUACAGAUACGUGUAUCAUAGCUCCAAGUGGAUGGUGGCUGGCAAUGCUGAUUCCCCUGUGCCCCCAAGAGUUUAUAUACACCCUGAUUCUCUAGCUUCUGGAGACACUUGGAUGAGACAGGUGGUCAGUUUCGACAAACUCAAGCUGACCAACAAUGAACUGGAUGAUCAAGGACAUAUCAUUCUGCACUCCAUGCACAAGUACCAGCCUCGAGUUCAUGUGAUUCGCAAGGAUUUCAGCAGCGACCUUUCACCCACCAAACCUGUCCCCGUUGGGGAUGGAGUGAAAACGUUUAACUUCCCGGAGACCGUGUUCACCACAGUCACGGCCUAUCAGAACCAGCAGAUCACCAGAUUAAAAAUUGACCGAAAUCCUUUCGCUAAAGGAUUCAGAGAUUCUGGAAGAAACAGAACCGGACUGGAAGCCAUCAUGGAGACUUACGCGUUCUGGAGACCCCCUGUGCGCACACUCACCUUCGAGGAUUUCACCACCAUGCAGAAGCAGCAAGGGGGCAGCACAGGCACUUCCCCGACCACCUCCAGCACUGGCACACCAUCCCCUUCAGCUUCUUCUCAUCUUCUAUCACCAUCCUGUUCUCCUCCAACUUUCCAUCUGGCCCCCAACACCUUCAACGUGGGCUGUCGAGAGAGCCAGCUGUGUAACCUGAACCUCUCUGAUUACCCACCCUGUGCCCGAAGCAACAUGGCUGCCUUGCAGAGCUACCCAGGGCUGAGUGACAGUGGCUACAACAGGCUCCAGAGUGGCGCUGCCGCCGCCACUCAGCCCUCUGAAACCUUCAUGCCUCAGAGGACUCCAUCCCUGAUCUCAGGAAUACCAACUCCUCCCUCGUUGCCUAGCAACAGCAAGAUGGAAGCCUACGGCGGCCAGCUGGGGUCCUUCCCCACUUCCCAGUUUCAGUAUGUCAUGCAGGCAGGCAAUGCGGCCUCCACGUCGUCAUCGCCACACAUGUUCGGGGGCAGCCACAUGCAGCAGAGCUCCUACAAUGCCUUCUCUCUCCACAACCCUUACAACCUGUACGGAUACAACUUCCCCACUUCCCCCAGGCUAGCUGCAAGCCCAGAGAAACUGAGCGCCUCUCAAAGCACUUUACUCUGUUCUUCGCCUUCCAAUGGGGCCUUCGGAGAGAGGCAGUACCUGCCCACGGGGAUGGAGCACAGCAUGCACAUGAUUAGCCCUUCAGCCAAUAACCAGCAGGCGACUAACACCUGUGAUGGCCGGCAGUAUGGGGCGGUCCCAGGCUCCUCCUCCCAGAUGUCGGUGCACAUGGUUUAAUGGCCAGCCCAGACACCACGGAGCCACAGCAGCCAAGGCCCCAAGUCUCCAUGUGCACAUCCUCCUGUUUGGGAGCCCAAGGCCUUUGAAACACAGGAACUGCGAUUUUUUUUUUUUGGUUUUGGUUUUUUUCUGGAGGAGGAAAGCAUAUACCCAAGAACAACAAGAGACUUUUAAGCCACUGAAGUAUACUUGCGGUGGAAUGAUCUCCGAUUCAGUGGCCAAUCUCCUGCCUUCCCAAAGCUUAGUUUUAUAAAGCAACGUCUACUCCAGAGUGGUCUUUGAAGAAACUGAAUAAUCAUUUUAUAAUAAUGUUAAAGGAGAUGCCAGCAUUUAGCAGCCAUGAAGUUAGCCACACACACAUACAGACCUACCCAUACAUACAUACACACAUAUGUUCACACACAAACUCAUACACACACAUACAUGCACACUGACUCAGAACUGGGCGAACUCUGUGGAGGGAGGCCCGGAAUGGCUACUUUCACCGAGAAUUUGUCUGUGCUCAACACUAACGGACCCGGCCAGCAGUGGCUGCCCGCCUUUCUCCCCUGCAGCGUACCCUGUUUCUGGAACGAACCCUGUAUCCUGGAACCCCUUCCCAUCGAUGAGGGUGGAAAGACAUCAGUACUACAACUGGACUUGGCUUCUUGAAGAAAAUUGCUUUUAAACUUUGGUUGUCUUCACUCAGUAUGCUAUCAUUGACGUUCCCAGCCGUGCCCGCGAAUAGAUGGAGAGAGAGAGAGAGAGAGAAGAACAGAGGGCAAGAGAGAGGCAGAGAGCAAGACUGACAGAGGAAGUGUGAGCAGUGAUGAGAGUUUUAAUUUACCAAGGAAAUUGGUUUUGGGUUGUUUCUCCCCGUCCCCCCUACACCCUACAUGUUAUAGAAAGAAUCAUGACGUUAUUGAGGAGUAAAUGUCUCUGGGACACUGUGCAUGGUCAAGGGCAAUGGUGAGAGGGGCCAGGCAAGGAACGCGUCCUGAUCCCAGCUCUGACCACUGUGAUCCAGAAGAGGGCGCGCCACACGGGAAGUGCUGAUUCCAGAACACGCAGCCUGGCAGGGGAAGGGACGUAGGGGGCAUGUGACGACCAAAGAGUGCUGUAACCCCCGGCAGAUGAAACCAAGUGCGGAGGUGACAGACAGGCCUGGCCUUUGCGUGCCGGGUCCAGACACCUGGCCUGCAUCAGCGGCCCCGUAGUCCCUGUGACAGGAGAAAUCCUGCCAUGUCCCAGGGAAUUGCAGAUGGGCCUUCUACAUCCUUCCACCUGCCCUUGGAUCUCCAUUUUUAUCCAAUAGUUCAUUGCAUUUUGAUGUUUUGGGUUUUUGCCUUCAUCUUUCCCUUCCCCUUCAAAUCCUUUAAUGAUAAGAGAAACAAGUGGAGUUUGGUGCAAGCUAAACUUUUUAAAUGGUGUGGAAAUGCAAAUGAUACCAAGUAAAAUAAUACAGAUAUUAUUAAGAUUUUUGGUUUUGAGGUGUUGUAGAUAAGUGUAUUUAUGUGCCUAGUGGGGAAUUCAAUAUUAUGAAUAUUAAAAAAAGGGGGCAAUAAAAAGGGUAUGUAAAAUAUGUAUGAAGAGAAGGUGUAUAAAAAUUUGCCCUUAUGCACGGAACUCUGUUUCUAAGUGCCAAGCACAGAAAGCCGCUAAAUAAAAUCUUUGCCAUUGUU